CCAAAAUGGCCAUGCUGGGGCUCAUUCAGUUCUUUUUUCUCCUGACCUCGACUGAAAAAGAUGGCCAAGCACAAGCCCGCUGGUAUCCGUUGCGCUCGCAAGCUGCGUGUCCACCGCCGUUCGCAAAGAUGGCACCAAAAGUCGUACAACAAGUCGCACUCCGUGACUGCCAUGAAGGCCAACCCGUUGGGUGGUUCGUCCAUGGCCAAGGGGAUCGUCUUGGAAAAGAUUGGUAUUGAAGCCAAGCAGCCUAACUCGGCCAUUCGUAAGUCGGUGCGUGUGCAAUUGAUCAAGAACGGCAAGAAGAUCGCCGCCUUCGUGCCCCGCGAUGGUUGCUUGAACUACGUCGACGAAAACGACGAGGUGUUGAUUGCCGGGUUCGGUCGUCGCGGCCACGCCGUCGGUGAUAUUCCCGGUGUCCGUUUCAAGGUGGUCAAGGUCUCGGGUGUGUCUUUGUUGGCCUUGUACAAGGAAAAGAAGGAAAAGCCCCGCUCUUAAGUGCAACCCACGACGAUGUCGUCGCUGUCGUCCUUUUGCUCGUGGCGGGUGUAGCUUGGUAGCCAUGCCGACGGUACUUCGCCAGCUGCAAUUGUGCCUCUUGGGAGAAUAAUACAGGAACAAUACCAGUCAUAUCGCUUGUUGUCA